CAGACGAAAACACGCACGGCACGGCAUUGCACCGGCUCUGAAUUUGAAUCGAUUUCCUUUUCACACAUAUUUCUCAUUCACUCUUAUUCACAUACCGACGAACUUUAAGGAAUCCGAAAAAUGGACGUCAGUUCUACAAAGUUGCUGAACCUUUCGUUCUCGACAAACAUUUCGAUGGGACCAAGAACGCCGCGAUCUGGCGCGAGACGAUCUGUGCUUGGCCUUCCCACUGCAAGCCGAUCUACGCGAGGCAGCGUGUCCGGAAGGUCUACCCAGUCUGCAAUGGUCAUCUGCAGGACACCGUACCACGUCGUUGAAAGCUAUGGAUCACCCUUGCCGGUUAUGGUCACAGAGGCCGUCGCUUACGCUGAUCGACAUUCAACAGUCAGCGUGCGUCUCAGCAAAUCAGGAUGGGCCUGGCUGGUGUGCGGCCGCAGGCUGCUGGUUUGGCAGUACAGGCAAGAUGGGCAGUCCAAGUGGGCCUCCGUGAGUCAGUGCCGAGAACUGACACUGCCGCCAAGCGACCUCGCGCACAGGGCUGAGCUGGUCACUGUGUUCACCCAUAAAAAGGCGUCUGUGCCGUCCUGCAUCGCAGUUACCCCUGAGGGUGCCGUUCGGUACUGGGCUAGUGUUGCUCAUGAGGGAUCGUGGAUCGAAGAAAAUGCGGAUCUGCUCGGCCAAGAGUGCGAAUCACUGAGUGGAAUCACUGCCGUUGGCUGCGUUUUGGCCACCACAACCUCAACCCUCUGUCUCUUGUCUCCAGUCACAAUCAACGGCCGCCAGUCAAUCGCUUGCAGAACCCUUCGUUCUUCGCAAGGCUGGCUGGGAGGCAUUAGCCGCCGCAUGUCUUCAAUAAUCUGGGGCUCCAUGCCAGCAGCACAAACUUCAGAGACGCGCCUUGUUAAAGUCCUGACCCAGACCAAUGGUGACUCUGAGUGCAAGCUGCUGGUGCUGGCGGGACUGAGUUUGCAAAAAUGGGUUCUCUGCAACAAAGAGACGGAGCGACUCAUUUUUGAGUUUGACAUGAGCAGACUCUUGAGGAAUAGUUUUGCCAAUGAUGAUUGGGAACAAAACAAUACUAAUGCCCAGGAUUUGAGCAUCUGGCUCCUUGAUAUGGCGAAAAUGGAAACCGGAGUCCUCAUUCUGGCUGCUGCGGCCAACUUGACCGUAUCACCUCAGAUUCACUAUGCAGCAGUUUUGGUUGCAUCUGACAAUGACAGGGCACCAGAUUCGUUCCAAAUGUUCUGCCCAUUUAUUAAGGUGACUGGUGUUCACCAAGGGGAAGAAACAGAAUGUGAAGACUUGAACUACCGCUUUGUAGUCUAUGGAAAUUCUGCAUUCAUUUACAACAAGAAGGCAAUCAUAGCUGUCCCAGUCACAAUCAAUGAAACCAGUUCUGACAUGGACAGACUUGACUUUCCAAGCGCUCCAGGCGAUGCCAUUUUAACUGGAAAUGUGUACAGAACCACUCCUGUAUUCUACUCUAAAAUACACGGCGUGAUUUCUGUAACCGACACUGAUGUCUCACCAAUGGAUGUGAUGAAUGCGUCCAUGUACAGUGAAUCUCCAUCAGAGCGAAUCCUGUACUCAAAUCAGAUGCCAUCAGCGCAGUCUUCCUUUCAGCAUGAAUCUUUCAGGGAACACACCUUCACAGAUGGAGGAAUGCCCAAUGAAGACAUAACACCUGAAGCAGAUUGUGUCACUAAACUGAAGCAGGCAUUUGUUUUGCACAAUAGGAGAGAAAUGGCUCUGUGCAAGGAAGUUUUAGACUCGGUCUUGCCGAAAGAGGUCGAAAGGGGAGUUGAGGUUGAUGCUCCACUCGAUCUUGUCAUUGUCAGAGUCAGCAAGGACAUAAUAAAUGACAUGCCGGCCUCUGACCCUCGUUGGUCUGAAACUAGCAGUGGAGCUAUAUUUGGCACUUCAAGCUCCCUUCAAGUCCAGCAGCAGUUGCAAGGAAAGCAGCAGACGUUGGAGCUGUACAUCAACUUCCUCAAAUCUGUCAACAUUUGGAAUAAACUGUCUGCUGUCACUGCGAGAGGAGUUGUGAUUGCGACAUCGCUUGCCUUGCAAGAGCAUGCUGAGAAAGUAGCGGCUGCCCUGACCCUGAGGUCGCUCCACUCCUCGCACGCUGAGCUUCUGGACAAGGCCAUCAAAGCCACUCUCUCUGCCAGGAACGCAAGGUCUAGCUCCGCUUCACUGACCCAAAUAGACUUGUUCUUCAGAGAGGUAUCUGAGGUGCACGAGAUUUUGAUUACUCUGGGACAGUGGAGUCGGGAAAUUGUGCACAGUAACAAGACGCCAUCAGAAGUUGUUGCUGCACUCCAAGAAGUCAACCAUAUUUUCCUGGAAACUCUCCAAGAGGUUGCAGACUUCCGUAAACACCACCGCAGCAUGUUCAGUUCUGAAUCAAUGUUCUGCUCUGAUAUGAUCGAGUAUCUCCCAUGGACCGCGUCGCCUCACGAUGAAGGCUUGCGGGUUGUUCUUACCGAAUUGCUGUCGAGGAACUUCCAAUACGCCGCUCGUCAAUGCUCUGGAGACCAAAUGAUAUACUCUACUCUGUGCGUUGAGCUGAUGAAUUUGGCUGAUCUUUUGCUUGAGGGUUACAUUUCUCAUUUGGAGAGCUUGAAAGGCAGUGAGAAAUAUGAUCUGCUUGUCCACCAGUACGAAAUCCAGCGACGCAAGAUUAUUCAACCAUUUGUUGAUGAAUCGAUGACCGAGCAGGCCAUGAAACUUGCUGAAAAAUACCUUGACUUCCACACACUUGUACACAUAUGCGACUCAAUGGGCAACGAUGAAAGGCUAGAAAAUUACAUGCAGAAAUUCGCUGAUGAGGGAUUUUCCGAGUUUUUAUUCGGCUGGUACAUGAAGGAGGGCAAACAAGACAAGCUAAUGAACCUCUUUGGAGGAAGCGUGCGGCCAAUGCAGCAUCAGCAAGCGCUAGUCGGCUUCCUCUCGCAGCAUCCACAUCUGGCUUGGCUGCAGGCAGUGAGGACUGGAAAUUACGCUGCCGCCAGCUCCACGCUCUUUCAACUGGCCCAAGAGCAAACUGAGAGGCUGGCUAGGAAGAAGACAAUGCUGUCCCUUGCCAAAUUAUCUUCAUUGGCGAUGGAAGAGUCAGAGCACAAGAUAGAAGAACAUGUUAAGCCGAUUGAUGAUGCUCUAAAUUUAUGUGAAAUCCAGGAGACUUUGCCGCAGAGUAUAUACGACUUCCUAAACCAAGAAGUGGACAACAUCAGUGUUUUGCCUCCUUCUCAGAUGGUUAAGCUCUACGUCAGCGAGGAAAAUACGAACGCAAAUGGAUUUGAUUUCAAGAAGGCCAUAGACUUGCUUCACUAUGUUCCGGAUGAAGCGGAACGAGAUGACUUGCUGGAGUAUAUUUGGUGCCAAGCUGCCCUCAGAAAUGACUGGGAAAACGUCAACCUUGAUUAUCCAAUGGAGACUUGCAAGAGCCUGACUUUUUGUCAGUUGUUUGACCUUCUUAACAUGUCUGGUGAUCUGGACCUGAUUCUGCCCCUUGAUAGAUUGCUCUCCAGCAGCAAACUCGGCCCUCUGUCUGAGAGCAAAUCUUUCAAGUAUGUUGUUCAAUAUUUUUAUGAACAUGUGUCCACAACUACUGAAUGCAUGUAAAUCUAUUGUCGAAAUAAAAUAAUAUUUUUUCUAAAGGUUC